CCCAGGCUGGCUGCUCGCUCACUCAGUCUGUGCUCGGCUCUGCUGGAGGGAUGCUCGCCGACCGGAUGGGGCCACCGGGAGCUCCGCGCUAAGCUGUGCUUUUUUUUUGUUGUUGUUGUGUGGAUGUUACGCGAGGAAAAAAUGGCCACCGGCCGGCGGUGAAGCAUCGGCAGCGGCGGUCCGAGGCGUCCCGUGUAACCUUAUGGAUGUACGUGGAGGCCGCCCGCCCGGAGCUAAUCGACGCGCCGACGCACGCCUCCCCUCCCAUUCCGGGCCAAGUGUUUUACUGUGACCGCGACUUGGCCGGGCGAGCUUCGUCCUGAGCAAGCCUCUGAAGAUGAACAUGGUGAAGAGAAUCAUGGGGCGGCCGCGUCAGGAGGAGUGCAGCCCCCAGGACAACGCCCUGGGCCUGAUGCACCUGCGCCGCCUCUUCUCCGAACUCUGCCAUCCUCCCCGACACAUGACCCAGAAGGAGCAAGAGGAGAAGCUCUACAUGAUGUUGCCCGUCUUCAACAGGGUGUUCGGCAACGCGGCGCCCAGCAGCAUGAUGGAGAAGUUCGCCGACCUGCUGCAGUUCACCACGCAGGUGUCCCGUCUUAUGGUGACCGAGAUCAGACGCAGGGCCUCCAACAAAUCCACUGAGGCGGCUAGCCGAGCCAUCGUUCAAUUCCUGGAGGUGAACCAGAGCGAGGAGGCCAGUCGCGGCUGGAUGCUGCUCACCACCAUCAACCUGUUGGCCUCCUCGGGGCAGAAAACGGUGGACUGCAUGACCACCAUGUCUGUGCCGUCCACCCUGGUCAAAUGUCUCUACCUGUUCUUCGACCUCCCGCACAUGGCGGAGGCCCCGGUGGGCCCCGCCCCGCCCCCACCGCCCCCGCCUCCGCCCACCUCCCCACCACCCUCCCAGGACAAGACGUCGGGCCCUGGCCAACCUCCCACGGAGCUGCCGCUGGCCGAUCGCAGGGCGCUGCUGCAGAAAGUCUUUGUCCAGAUCCUGGUGAAAUUGUGCACCUUUGUGUCUCCGGCGGAGGAGUUGGCCCAGAAGGACGACCUGCACCUGCUGUUCAGCGCCAUCACGUCCUGGUGCCCGCCCCACAACCUGCCCUGGAGGAGGAGCGCCGGAGACGUGCUUACCACCAUCUCGCGACACGGACUCAGCGUCAACGUGGUCAAAUACAUACACGAGAAGAAAUGCCUGUCCACCUGCGUGCAAAACAUGCAGCAGUCUGACGAUCUCUCCCCGCUGGAGAUCGUGGAGAUGUUUGCCGGCCUCUCCUGCUUCCUCAAGGACUCCAGCGACGUGUCGCAGACGCUGCUGGACGACUUCCGCAUGUGUCAGGGUUACAACUUCCUGUGCAACCUCAUGCUCAGGCUGGAGCAGGCCAAAGAGGACGAGUCCAGGGACGCCCUGAAGGAUCUGGUCAACCUGGUGACGUGUCUGACCACCUACGGCGUGACGGAGCUCAAACCCGCCGGCCUGACCACCGGAGCGCCCUUCUUGCUGCCGGGAUUCGUCCUCCCGCAGCCUUCUGGAAAAGGCCAAACGGUGCGCAACAUCCAGGCCUUCUCGGUGCUGCAAAACGCCUUCCUCCAAGCCAAGAGCGGGCGUCUGGCCUGCGCCCUGCUGGACGCGGUGGGCAGCGUCUACGCCGCCGACCCGGCCAACUACUUCAUCCUGGAGUCGCAGCACACGCUGUCGCAGUUCGCCGAGCGCGUGGCCCGCCUGCCCGAGGAGGCGCAGGCCAAAUACUUCCGGCUGCUGGACUUUGUGGUCUUCAGCCUCAACUACGUGCCGUGCAAGGAGCUGUUCAGCGUCAGCGUGCUGCUCAAGGCCAGCGCCUCGCACGCCUGCAGCGUGACGGCCGUGCGCGCCCUCCUGAGGAUGGCCCGCCACGACCCCGUCUUUGCCGACGUGCUGAGGGAGGUGGGCCUGCUGGAGGUGCUGGUCAACCUGCUGCACAAGUACGCCGCCCUCCUCAAGGAACCCGCCGCCCAGCAACAGCAGCAGCACCACAACGACCAGGCCGAGUGUAAAAACAACUCGGUGGCCGAGGAGCAGAAACAGCUGGCCUGGUUGGUGAUGGAGACGCUCACCGUGUUACUGCAGGGUUCACACACCAUGAACACCAACGCAGCCUUGUUCAGGGAAUUUGGGGGCGCGCGGUGCGUGCACAACAUCGUGAAGUACCGGCAGUGUCGCGAGCACGCGCUGCUCAUCAUCCAGCAGCUGGUGCUGUCGCCCAGCGGCGACGACGACAUGGGAACGCUCUUGGGACUCAUGCACUCGGCGCCGCCCGCCGAACUGCAGCUCAAGGCCGACAUACUCAGGGCCCUGCUGUCGGUGCUGCGCGAGAGCCACCGCACGCGGACGGUCUUCCGCAAGGUGGGCGGCUUCGUAUACGUGACGUCGCUGCUGGUGGCCAUGGAGCGCUCCCUGUGUCCGGCCCAAGCGCCGCUCGCCUCCCGGCACCUCGCCAACCACCAGAACCAGAGCCAGUCCCCCAUCCGGAACCAGAACCAAGUGUUCGAGCUACUGCACACCGUCUUCUGCACGCUCACCGCCGCCAUGCGUUACGAGCCCGCCAACUCGCACUUCUUCCGCACCGAGAUCCAGUACGAGAAACUGGCCGACGCCGUCAGGCUGCUGGGCUGUUUCUCCGACAACAAGAAGCUGGGCCCCACCGCCGUCUUCCCGUCCAACUCGGAGCCCUUCCAGAGGCUUCUGGAGGAGGAGGCGCCCCCCGGUGGCGACGGCGUGUGUCCCACCCUCAGACACUGCGCCAAGCUCUUCAUCUUCCUGUACAAAAUGGCCACAGACUCCUUUGACAGUCGCGCCGAGCACGUUCCCCCGUGCCUGACUCACGAGACUUCGCUGCCCUCGCCUUGGGGCACGCCCGCUCUCGCCCGCAAGAGCAGGCACGGCUACCACGGUUCAUCGGGCCCCCCGGCGCCGGUCAAGCUUCUGACAGAGCCGAAACUGCACGCCUCCAACCCCGUCCAUACGGCCUCGUCCUCGGGGGGCGACAUGGUGGUCAUCCACCCGGGUGCCGUGCUGGCCAUGGUGGACCUGCUGCCCUCUGUCUGCUCCGAAAGCCAGCCUGAGCACGCAUUGGACCUCCAGCUGGCGGUGGCCAACAUCCUUCAGCUGCUGGUGAACAGCGAGCGCAACCAACAGGUGCUAUGCGAGGCGUCUCUGCCGCAGCGCUUGCUGCAGCGCUGCAGCCAGGCGCUGGGCGACGAGGACCACCCGCUGCACCCGCCGCUGCAGCGCACGUUCGAGAGGCUGGCCUCGCAGGCGCUGCAGCCCCUGGCGCUCAGGGAGUUCCUGCGCCUGGGCAACCCGCUCAACUGCGGCGCCUGGGACAAGAAGCUGCUCAAGCAGUACCGCGUACACAAGCCCAGCUCGCUCAGCUACGACGGCGACGCGCGAGGCAGCAUGACGACGUCGCUGGAGGGCUUCGGCGCCGACAGCGUGUUCGCCACGCCGGCCGAGGACGGCGACCAGUACCGCAUCAGCCGCAGCCUGGUGCGCUCGGCCGAGGCCAGCGCCGUGCCGCUCACCCGCGUCAAGUGUCUCGUCUCCAUGACGACGCCGCACGACAUCCGCCUGCACGGCUCCGCCGACACACCCGCUUACGUCGAGUUCGACGCCUCACUCGAGGGAUUCGGGUGUUUGUUCCUGCCCAGCCUGGCUCCCCACAACGCGCCCGGCAACAACAGCAACUCGUCAUGCGUCGGCGACGGCGACGUCAUCAGCGGCAUGGGGACAGGUGAGCGUCUGUUCCCCCCGCCGUCGGGCCUGAGCUACUCCAGCUGGUUCUGCGUGGAGCGCUUCAGCGCACCGCCGCAGAACCACCCGGUGCGCCUGCUGACGGUGGUGCGGCGGGCCACGUCGUCGGAGCAGCACUACGUGUGCCUGGCCGUGGUGCUGUCGACCAAAGAUCGCUCGCUCACCGUCUCCACCAAGGAGGAGCUGCUGCAGACCUAUUCGGACGAGUCGAGCGAAGAAGCGUCCUUCUACGAGAUCCUUCCCUGCUGCGCCCGCUUCCGCUGCAGCGAGCUGAUCGACGAGGGCCAGUGGCACCACCUGGUGUUGGUCAUGAGCAAGGGCAUGUUGAAAAACAGCAUGGCCUCGCUCUACCUGGACGGGCAGCUCGUCAACACCGUGAAGCUCCACUACGUGCACAGCGUGCCGGGGGGCUCGGGCUCAGCCAACCCCCCCGUGUCCAGCACCGUUUACGGCUACGUGGGCACGCCGCCCGCUCAGCGCCAGCUAUCGGGCCUGGUGUGGCGUCUUGGGCCGUGCCACUUCCUGGAGGAGGCGCUGCCCGCCGCUAGCGUGGCCGCCAUCUUCGAGUUGGGCCCCACCAACGUGGGCAGCCUGCAGGCCGUCUACCUGCCCUGUAAGGAGUCCAAGGCGGAGGUGGCGCCGCCCGCCCCGGUGGCGCUGGUGCCCGAGGAGAAGGUGUCAUUCAGCCUAUUUGCUGUCUCCGUUUCCACGCUGACCGUGGCCAAGAUCAGGAAGGUCUACAACAAGCUGGACAGCAAGGCCAUCGCUAAGCAGCUGGCCGUGUCCUCGCACGAAAACGCCACGCCGGUCAAGCUGAUCCACAACGCGGCCGGCCACCUCAACGGACCCGCACGCACCAUCGGCGCCGCUGUCAUUGGCUAUUUGGGGGUGCGCGCCUUCUCGCCCAAGCUGGUCGCCACCAACCUGCAGUACGUGGGCGGGGCGGCAGCCAUCUUGGGUCUGGUGGCCAUGGCGUCGGACGUGGAGGGCCUGUACGCCGCCGUCAAGGCGCUGGUCUGCGUGGUCAAGAGCAACCCGCUGGCCAGCAAGGAGAUGGAGCGCAUCAAGGGAUACCAGCUGCUGGCCAUGCUGCUGAAGAAGAAGCGCUCGCUGCUCAACAGCCACAUCCUGCACCUCACCUUCUCCCUGGUGGGCACGGUGGACAGCGGGCACGAGACCUCCAUCAUACCCAACUCCACCGCCUUCCAGGACCUCCUCUGCGACUUUGAGGUCUGGCUGCACGCCCCUUACGAGCUUCACCUUUCUCUCUUCGAGCAUUUCAUCGAGCUUCUGACCGAGUCCAGCGAGGCAGCCAAGAACGCCAGGCUGCUGCGCGAGUUCCAGCUGGUGCCCAGGCUGCUGCUGACGCUGCGCGACGCGUCGCUGUCGCAGGCCACCGUGGCCGCCAUCAGCAACGUGCUCAGCCUGCUGCUGCAGGGAUUCCCCAACCCCUACGACCUGCUCAGGUUCGGUCAGUUCCUCUCGUCCACGCUGCCCACGUUCGCCGUGUGCGAGAAGUUUGUGGUGAUGGAGAUCAACAACGACGAGAAGACGGACGCCGGCGCCGAGGACGACUUUGGCGGGCUGCUUUCGGCCAACCUCAUCCUGCUGCGCAACAGGCUGCUGGACAACCUGCUCAGGCUGCUCUUCACCACCAAGGACAAGACGGCCGUCAACGCGCAGGCGUGCGAGGACCUGGUGCGCACUCUGGGCCUCGAUUGGCUGCUGAUGUUCAUGGAGGAGCACCUUCACUCCAGCACGGUGGCGGCGGCUCUGUGGAUCCUCACCGUGCUGCUGUCCAACGCGGCCGUCCUGCACCGCUUCAAGGAGGGCGCGUGCGGCGGAGGCUGGCUGGACCACACCGACUCGGUGCUCACCAACAAGAUCGGCACCGUGCUUGGCUUCAACGUGGGCCGCAGCGCCGGCGGCCGCUCGACCGUGCGUGAGAUCAACCGCGACGCGUGCCACUUCCCGGGCUUCCCGGUGCUGCAGACGCUGCUGCCCAAGCACACCAACGUACCCGAGCUCUACUUCCUGCUGAUGGCCCUCUUCCUGCAGCAGCCCGUCACUGAGCUGCCGGACAGCCUGCAGGUACAUUUUGACCUGGACUCCAUGUGGACGUUCAUCUUCGGCGUGCCGGCGUCCGGCGCCACCGUGGUGGGCUCCGUCCACAGUGUCUGCACCGAGGCCGCUUUCCUGCUGCUCGCCAUGCUGCGCAGCAUGCUCAACCUGCCGUGGCAGUCGGAGGAGGAGGGCUCGUGGCUCCGAGAGUACCCGGUGACGCUGAUGCAGUUCUUCCGCUACCUGUACCACAACGUCCCCGACUUGGCCCCCAUGUGGCACGGUCCCGACUUCCUGUGCGCCCUGGCCGCCGCCGUCUUCCCCUUCAACAUGAGGCCGUACUCCGAGAUGGUGAGUGACUUGGACGACGAGGCGGGCUCGCCCAUCGAGGAGCUGAAGGCCUUCGGCUCAGACUCGGGCAUGAACCGCAGCCAAUCCGAGUACUGCAACGUUGGCUCCAAGACGUCGCUCACCAACCACCCGGCCAAGAAGUACGUCUUUGACUUCAUGAGGGCGCUCAUCAUGGACAACAUGUGCGUCACGCCCGCCACCAAGCAGACGCCCGUCAUCGACCUGCUGCUCGAGGCAUCUCCUGAACGUUCCACCAGAACUCAGCAGAAGGAGUUCCAGUCCAACAUCCUGGAUGGCGUCAUGGAGCACCUGCUGGCCGCUGACGUUUUGCUGGGCGAGGAUUCGUCCCUCCCCCUGAGCAGCGGCGGCAGCUACCAGAUCCUGGUGCACAACGUCUUCUACUUCUGCCAGCGUGUGGUGGACAAGCUGUGGCAGGGCAUGUUCAACAAGGACUCCAAGCUGGUGGUGGACUUCAUCGUGCAGCUCAUCGGACAGUCCAAGAGGCGAUCUCAGGGUCUGUCCCUGGACGCGGUGUACCACUGCCUAAACCGCACGGUGCUCUACCAGCUGUGCCGGCCGCACAAGACGGUAGCGCAGCAGGUGGCGCUGUUGGACGCCUUACGGGUUCUCACCGUCAACCGCAACCUGGUGCUCGGCCCCGGCAACCACGACCAGGACUUUGUGGCCUGCCUGGCGCACUGCUUCAUCUGCCUGCACGCCGGCAGCAGCGUGGAGGGCUUUGGACUGGAGGCGGAAGCCCGUAUGACCACGUGGCAUGUCAUGAUGUCACCCGAAAAUGAGAGCGACGCUACGCACAACCAUGACGUCAGCGAAGGGCGGCAGCUUUUGCUGAAGGCGGUGAACCGCGUGUGGACGGAGCUAAUGCACAGCAAGCGUCAGAUGCUGGAGGACAUUUUCAAGGUGUCGCUGCCCUGCAACGACCGCGGCCACGUGGACAUCGCCACGGCCCGCCCCGCCCUGGAGGAGCCCGCGCUCAAGAGCUGGCAGAACCACCUGGUCCACGAGAAGAAGUGCAUCAGCCGCGGCGAGGCGGCGGCGCCGGCCGCGGCCACCCAGUCCAAAUUGUCGAGGGUCAGCAGCGGUUUCGGCCUGUCCAAGCUGACGGGGGUGCGCCGGCACAAGAAGGAGAACAACCUGAACAAGAACAGCCCCUCGGCACAGGCCACUUUCCAAUGGAUGUUCACGCACAUCGCCGUGGUGAGAGACCUGGUGGCCCUGCAGUACAAAGAGCAUCAAGAGCGGCAGCAGAAUGCGCUCAAGUACGUGACAGAGGAGUGGGCGUCCAUCGAGUACGAGCUUCUUCGCGAGCGAGGCCUGUGGGGUCCGCCCAUCGGCUCCCACCUGGACAAGUUCAUGUUGGAGAUGACCGAGGGGCCGUGCCGCAUGCGCAAGAAGAUGGUGCGCAACGACAUGUUCUACAUCCACUACCCUUACAUCCCCGAGACGGAAAACAACACCAACUCGGCACAGAAGCCGGUUCGCUACCGUCGCGCCAUCAGCGCCGACAGCAAAGAAUACUACAUGCGCCUUCUGUCGGGCAACCCGGGGAUGUACCAACACUCGGUGGAGCACAGCAGCGAGGGCGAGACCACCCGGCACGAACCCGAGCAUGGAGAGGACACCAUUGCAAGGGUCAAAGGUCUUGUGAAGGCGCCGCUGAAACGCUCGCGAUCAACGGCGGACGGCGGCGACGAGGACGCUCAAGAUCAGAUCCAGGAUCAGCCACCGGAGUUGGGCGGACCUGAGGAGGAGCAGCAGCAGCGGACUGACAAUACCGCUCUGCUGCGACUGCUGGAGGAAGGGGAGAAGAUCCAGCACAUGUACCGCUGUGCCCGGGUUCAGGGUCUGGACACCAGCGAGGGUUUGCUCCUCUUUGGAAAAGAACACUUCUACGUCAUUGACGGCUACACUAUGACCGUGUCCAGAGAGAUCAGGGACAUCGACACGCUGCCGCCCAACUUGCACGAGGCCAUCAUCCCCAGGGGUGCGCGCCAGGGUCAGAGUCAGCUGAAGCGCACGUGCAGCAUCUUCGCCUACGAGGACAUCAAGGAGGUGCACAAGCGACGCUACCUGCUCCAGCCAAUGGCGGUGGAGGUGUUCUCCGCUGACGGGAGGAACUACCUACUGGCUUUCCAGAAAGGGGUGCGCAACAAAGUCUAUCAAAGGUUCCUGGCAGUGGUGCCGUCGCUGGCCGACAGCUCUGAGUCGGUAUCAGGACAGAGGCCCAACACCAGCGUGGAGCAAGGGUCUGGUCUCCUCAGCACUUUGGUGGGUGAGAAGUCAGUGACUCAGCGUUGGGAGCGAGGGGAGAUCAGUAACUUCCAGUAUCUGAUGCACCUCAACACACUGGCGGGGCGUUCCUACAAUGACUUGAUGCAGUACCCGGUCUUCCCCUGGAUCCUGGCCGACUUUGACUCCGAGGAGCUGGACUUGAACAACCCCAAGACCUUCCGCAAUCUCGCCAAGCCCAUGGGGGCACAGACGGACGACAGGCUGACGCAGUACAAGAAACGCUACAAGGACUGGGAGGACCCCAACGGCGAAACCCCCGCUUAUCACUAUGGCACACAUUACUCGUCCGCCAUGAUCGUGGCCUCCUACCUGGUGCGCAUGGAGCCUUUCACACAGAUUUUCCUUAGACUACAGGGCGGCCAUUUUGACCUGGCCGACAGGAUGUUCCACAGCGUGCGCGAGGCCUGGCUGUCCGCCGCCAAGCAUAACAUGGCCGACGUCAAGGAGCUCAUUCCCGAGUUUUUCUACCUGCCAGAAUUUCUGCUCAACUCCAACAACUUUGAUCUGGGCGCCAAGCAGAAUGGCACCAAGCUGGGCGACGUCAUCCUGCCUCCGUGGGCCAAGGGCGACCCCCGGGAGUUCAUCCGGGUGCACAGAGAGGCGCUGGAAUGCGAGUACGUGUCGGCGCACCUCCACGAGUGGAUUGACCUGAUCUUUGGCUACAAGCAGCAAGGUCCUCCUGCCGUGGAGGCCGUCAACGUUUUCCACCAUCUCUUCUACGAGGGCCAAGUUGACAUCUACAACAUCAACGACCCUCUCAAGGAGACCGCCACCAUCGGCUUCAUCAACAACUUUGGGCAGAUCCCAAAGCAGCUCUUUAAGAAGCCCCACCCACCUAAACGGGUGCGCAGCAAAGCCAACGGUGACCCCAUCAACAUACCGCCGAGCUCCACCGGCGAGAAGAUCUUCUUUUACCACCUGGACAACCUCAGACCCUCGCUAGCCCCGGUCAAAGAGCUGAAGGAGCCGGUGGGUCAGAUCGUGUGCACCGACAAAGGCAUCCUGGCCGUGGAGGAGAACAAAGUGCUGACUCCGCCCACGUGGAACAAGACCUUCGCGUGGGGCUACGCCGACCUCAGCUGCCGCCUGGCCAACUACGAGUCCGAUAAGGCGUUGGUGGUGUACGAGUGCUUGUCCGAGUGGGGUCAGAUCUUGUGUGCCAUCUGCCCCAACCCCAAGCUGGUGAUCACAGGUGGUACCAGCACGGCCAUCUGCGUUUGGGAGACGGGCACGUCCAAAGAGCGAGCCAAGACGCUCACGCUCAAGCAGGCGCUGCUUGGCCACACGGACGCCGUCACGUGUCUGACGGCUUCGUCCGCGUACCACAUCGUGGUGAGCGGUUCUCGGGACAGAACCUGCAUCGUGUGGGACCUCAACAAGCUUUGCUUCAUCACGCAGCUACGGGGGCACCGCGCUCCCGUCGCCGCGCUUUGCAUCAACGAACUCACGGGUGACAUUGUGUCAUGCGCGGGCACGUACAUCCACGUGUGGAGCAUCAACGGCAGCCCCAUCGCUAGCGCCAACACCUUCACCGGACGCAGCCAGAACAUCUCGUGCUGCUGCGUAUCCGAGAUGAACGAGUGGGACACGCACAACGUCAUCGUCACGGGACACUCGGACGGCGUCGUCAGGUUCUGGAGGAUGGAGUUCCUCCAAGUGCCAGAGACACCCGCUCCCGAACCUGUCGAACCCGAUGUUCCAGACUGCUGCGGAGACGACAAGCUCGAGGGCGGUGAUGAGGACAGCAGCGAAUCAGACGGAGAAGAUGGAGGAGGAACAGGAAAUAGUCUGAGCCAGGAACAUAAAGCGGAACGCAACCCAUCUAGUCAGCCGGGGAGCCAACCGAGCAGCACCGUGCACAGACCUCGAGGUCCAUCCGCACGAGGUGGUGCGUCAUGGUCGAUGGACAGCGGCUCGGACGACUCCCACCGCUGGUCCGACAGCCUGAGCAUCGACGAGAAGGACGGCUUCGUGUUUGUCAAUUACUCGGAAGGACAACACAAGGUUGCGCACCCCCACCACGCGCACCCCCACGGUCUUGGGAGCACCAGCAAUCAGCUGUUGAACCCGCCUGCUGUGGAGGCGCGUGCCUUGAACCAGCUCCGGGCAGGCUACAGGUGGGAGCGCCAGCUGGUCUUCCGCAGCAAACUCACCAUGCACACGGCAUUUGACCGCAAGGACAACGCGCACCCCGCCGAGAUCAGCGCACUCGCCAUCUCCAAGGACCACAGCAAGAUACUGGUGGGCGACGGGCGCGGUCGCGUCUUCAGCUGGUCGGUGAGCGACCAGCCGGGGCGCUCGGCCGCGGACCACUGGGUGAAGGACGAGGUGGUGGACAGCUGCUCGGGGUGCGCCGUGCGAUUCUCCCUCACCGAGAGACGCCACCACUGCCGCAAUUGCGGACAGCUGUUUUGUCAGAAGUGCAGUCGCUUCCAGUCGGAGAUCAAGCGGCUGAAGAUCUCGUCCCCGGUGCGCGUGUGCCAGAACUGUUACUGCAACCUGCAGGAGGAGCGCACGGCCGCCGGCGACAAGCACAAGAACUGAGCGCACCCACGCGCCCCCCAAUCCUCAUCAUCCUCCUCCUCAAGGUGUCUAUAGUGUACAUACAUGUAUCCACGGCCUUUUGAACAAAAAACAAAACAAAAACAAGGUCAAAUGUAACAUAGCAGCGAGCAGGCGGACGUUAAAGAGAUAUGAAUGUCACUCAUGAAUAAUAAUGUCACUCGUUAUGCAAAAAUUGUGUCCACCAUUUUUCUUUUCUUUUUUCAAAAAUUGUUGAGUUGCUGCUUCCUGAAAAGACUGGACGGACAUGUUGGAGUCUCAUAUCUUAUCUGUUGAAAUAACUUUAAUAUUAAUCAUGUCUUGGUCAGUCUUGAGUUAGUGUACAGGAUUUUCUACCAAAAGGGAUUUUUUUUUCUUCUUCGAUGUAUGUUUUUUUUUUUUGUUUUUCUUGUUUGUUUGUUUUAUUUUUUAAUAUAAAAAUAUAAUUUGUUGACCGGGCCCACGGGCAGGAUUCUCAUUGCCAUCAUCAUCAUCAAACAAACAUGUUGUUUCGGUUGCAAACAGAAGGAAUGACCACACAUUUAAACACGUCAUUUAUUAGGUUUUAUCAUUUUAAUCUUUUUUUUUUUUUGCGAGGGGUUGCAUGCUCGGAACCUGGUUGCCGCCUACUGUGAGUGCCAAAAAUCAACGAAAGACUCCAUCCAUCCAUCCAUCCAUCCAUUUUCAACAGCACUGACACCAUCACUGACUAGAAUGACACAAAGUCACAGUGAGAACAAAACAUCCGUACCGUACAAGAAUCAAGUAUUAGCAAAAAAAUAGAUACAUUUCCCCCCCCCCCAAAAAAAAAAACAAAAGUUGGAAUUUUAGCAGUAGAAACUCAGAUUGUUCUUUCCAAGAUAAGAAUACCUUUAUUUGUCUCGCGAUGGAGAAAUUCCCAAUUAUCUUUAUUCAUCUUACAACGAAUCAUGUCACGAGUCUUUUUUUUUUUUUGCUCUCAAAAUGUCUUCUAUUUGUAUUCACUUUUUUUUAAACAUAACUCUUGGAAAAAUCAAGGUUCCACGUUUGUUGAAAAAUGUGGUUUUGAUCUCAUCAUGACAUGCCGAUUUUGAUUCAAGAAAAAUAGAAUUCAUCUUGGAGUGUUACAAUUCUAUUCUAGGCAAAUUUUAAUCUUGUAAUAUCACAACUUUUUUUCCUCUGAAAAAUCUCACUGUAAUCACAUACUAUUCAAAUGUUGUUUUGAAAAAAAAAAUCAAAGUGUCGCCAGAUCACAGUGCACACUUGAGCCUCUUUUUAAAUCGUGUUUCUCAGCACAAAAAGCAGAUUGACACAAGAUGCGGUGGUCACCUCAUAGUUUUGAUUGGCAAGACGAAAUGACCAGGUUCACGAACACGGUGGCCAUUUUUGAUGAUGUCAUAGCAUUAGGCGUCCUUGUCAAUCCGCAGUGUACAAAAUCUUUAUUUUUGUUGUUGUUGUUGUUGACUUUUUUGUUUUUAUAUGAAAUAUUUGCGCAUUCCCUGAUGACAUUUCACUGUACAAAGUAUUUAUGCAAUGACUGUUUGUUUUUUUUUUUUUUAAGAAAGAUUGUUGCAUGAACAUUGCAUACAACGAGACUUUCUUCUUCCUGUCGCCAUUGUCGUCUGUUAUUGUGUGUGUGCGUGUGUGUGCGCGCGCGCGCGUGUGUGUGUGUGUGUUUGUCACAUUUUUGCAAGAAAAAGACACUUUUUGGUGGGCUGGGCCCGACACUUGACACUCACAAGGACUUACCCCAUGGCCCGCUGGAAAAUGGAAAAAAAAAAAGACGGUAGCGUGCGGCUUGUGGGGCUUCUGCUAUUCGAACACUUUGCGAGUAUCUGCUGUGCAAUCCGUGCUACAUGAAUGUUUCUUCUUGUGUGUUUGUGUUCACACACCACAAAUCAUGUAAAAACAACAACAAAAAAGAACAAAUCUUACUCCCUUGUCCUCAUGGAAACAAGAUGUUACAAUAAUGCAAUAGAGCUGAUACUUAUUCUUUAGCCUUUCAAUAAAUAAUUGCUGUUUACCACCAAA